UAUAUGAAACGGUAAUAUUAAGCUACAUGUUGAGCGUCGUCUCUGCACUGGUGGUUACUUUGUAAAGUCCAGAGUCUGUUGGUCUGUGGUCAUGAAAUGCUAAUUCAGCUUUAAAAAAUCAAACGGAAUGGUCAGUCAAAAUAUUUAAACUGGAUUUUAUUUGUCAUGUGACAAACAACAAUGAUGGAGGUGUGUUAACAGCGAUCACAAAUCGAAAGUGUUUCAAAGACUUCCUGCUUUACACGACCGUCUGAACUACUGCAAGACCUGCCCACAACAGGGGAACUAUAAUGAAUAUUCAUGGAUGCUCCACCAACUGAAUAUUGCACAACACCAGGGUGUGUGAAUUCAGACAGGUCAUGAUGAGCAUCUGAUAGUUUUCAAGUCUGUGUAGCUGCAGUAUGUCAGUGGAGCGAGGAAAGGUUCCUCCGUCUGAGAUGUGUCUCUCGGAGAAACAGAGUGUAAGAUCAGGCUCACAUGUGUCCAGCUCUGUGUCUGUGAAGAGUGACCGAUCAAAGGGAUGUGAGCAACCGGAGUUCAGUGAUAAAAAAUCAUCAUCUUCCAAAAGUUUAAGAUCAGGUUCACAUGUGCCCAGCUCUGUGUCUGUGAAGAGUGACCGAUCAAAAGGAUGUGAACAACCGGAAUUCAGUGAUAAAAAAUCAUCUACCAAAAGACUUCAGGAUGAGUCAUUAGAUUCAGAUGUCCAGAGUCAAGGAACAAGAAAUCUCCUAUGGAUCUUCAAGGAUCUUGAAAGAAAAAUAAUCACAUUUCUGAAGAAUGAACUGGAAAAGUUUAAGAAAAUAUUACAAAAGGAAGACAUACAAUACUUUGUGAAGGAUUUUAAUGAGAACAGAUGCAGUAUCAAAGAAGCAGCUCUUGAUCUCACACUCUACUUCCUGAGAGUGAUGAAGCAAGAUGAAGCUGCUAAUACUCUAGAAGAUGAGCUGAUCUUUGUUCAUCAGCUAAAAUGUAGCCUAAAGAAAAAGUAUCAGUGUGUUUUUGAAGGAAUUGCAAAGCAAGGUGACUCAACACUUCUGAAUAACAUCUACACAGAUCUCUAUAUCACUCAGGGUUGUAGUGAACAGAUCAAUACUGAACACGAAGUAAGACAGAUUGAAGUUACUUCCAGACAAUCCGAAUCACAAGAGAUACCAGUUGAGUGCACAAACAUGUUUAAAGCACCUGAACAAGACAAGCAGAUCAGAACUGUACUGACAAAAGGAGUUGCAGGCAUCGGGAAAUCAGUCUCUGUGCAAAAGUUUGUUUUAGAUUGGGCUGAAGAAAAAAAGAAUCAGGAUAUCAGCUUCAUAUUUCCUCUUCCUUUCCGGGAGAUGAACUUAAAGGAAAAAGAAAAACAAAGUUUGUUGGACCUUAUAACUGAGUUUUUCCCGGAGACAAAAGGACUGAACCUUGCAAGAAGGAACCAAAAAGUCCUGUUCAUUCUUGAUGGAUUGGAUGAAUUUCGUCUUCCUCUGAAGUUUGAUGUUAAUGAGAAGUGGUCUGAUGUAUCAUCACCAGCAUCUCUGGAUGUUCUCUUGACAAACCUCAUUAAGGGAAAUCUGCUUCCUUCUGCUCUCAUCUGGAUCACCACCAGACCAGCAGCUGCCAGUAAGAUUCCUCCUGACUGUGUAGAUCGGCUGACAGAGGUACGAGGGUUCAAUGAUGAACAGAAGGAGGAGUAUUUCAAAAAACGAUUUGAAGAUCAGAAUCAGGCCAAAGAAAUCAUUGAUCAUGUUAAAAAAUCAAAGAGUCUCUUUAUCAUGUGUCACAUUCCAGUUGUCUGCUGGAUUUCAGCCACUGUUCUCCAAAACAUUUUAAAGGAAAAAAAAAAUAAUGAUCUACAAAACAGUCAGGCUGAUGACGCCUCCAAAACACUUCAGGAAUCGAAUACUGAAGACACUCCUAAGACUCUGACACAGAUGUACACACACUUUCUCCGCUUUCAGAUCCUGCAGAGCAGACGAAAGUAUGAUGGAGAAUAUACACUAGAUGUUUCAUGGGAUAAAGAUGCCAUCCUUUCACUGGGAAAACUGGCAUUUCAUCAGCUGGAAAGAAACAACCUGAUCUUCUAUGACACCGACCUGGAAGCCUGUGGUAUUGACAUCUAUAAGGCAUCAGUGUAUUCAGGCAUGUGUACCCAGAUAUUUAAGGAGGAAACUGGGAUCAUUCUUGGUACCAUGUACUGCUUUGUUCACUUGAGCAUUCAAGAGUUUAUUGCAGCCCUUUAUGCACAUAUGUUUCUAGACAUCAACAUGAAAAGUGUGUUUGUUCAUGACCCAACUAUGACUGAUUUUCUCAAGACAGCUAUGGGCGAUGCACUUAAGAGUACCAAUGGACAUCUGGACCCUUUCCUUCACUUCCUUUUUGUUCUGUUACUCCAGCCCAAAUCCAAAAAAAACAUGACUGAUUUGCUCAAAACUGCAGUGGAUAAGGCACUUGAGAGCGACAAUGGACACCUGGACCUUUUCCUUCGCUUCCUUCUCGGUUUGUCACUCCAGUCCAAUCGGCAACUCUUACGAGGUCUGUUGACACAGCAAGAUGACAAUGACCAGAGCAAAAAGGAAAUAGUUCAGUACAUCAAACAGAAAUUAGAAGCUAAUCUGUCUCCAGAGAGAUCCAUUAAUUUGUUCUACUGUCUGAAUGAACUGAAUGAUCAAACUCUGGUGAAAGAUAUUCAGACUCACCUUAGCAAAGGAAGUCUCUCAUCUUCUGACCUUUCUCCUGCUCAGUGGUCUGCUUUGGCCUUUGUGUUGUUGACAUCAGAGAAGGAGCUGGAGGAGUUUGAGCUUCAGAAAUUCAAGAAAUCAGAUGAGUGUCUUGUUAGAUUAUUAUCAGUCAUCAAAACCUCCAAAAGAGCUCUGUAA